AUGGCCGCCACCGCCUGGCCUAUAGGGGGUGGGGCCUUAGCAGUGCGGCGGUCAAAACCAAGAAAUACCACUGCCAUUCGCCGGAGGCGACUUCGGGCGCAGAUGAAUCCUGCCAUAAGGCGCGUACCAACAGCGCGGACGAUGUGGCACGGAGUCCGCCCACGUCUGACUCGCCGCACCAGCACCAACGAGCUGCCUUUACCCGACAUGGCCCGGCCAUGA